AAUAAAAAAUGACACUUCUCAAUUUCUCGGCACCGAAUUAUGUAAAGGGAAGCAAUAUUGUUAAUUAAUAUUUGAUUUUAAUCGACAUCAGAAUUUGUAAGCGAUAAAAUGACGAAAGGCGAGGCUGGUGAUGACUACUCGGCUAAAUUGGACUUGUGUUUGACAGAUGGAAUUGUGAAAACAGGUGGUGGCAUAGUACUUGGUGCUCUUACAUCAGUAUUGUUCUUUAAAAGACGGAGAUGGCCAAUCAUUGCCGGCAUGGGUAUGGGAAUCGGUCUUGCAUACGCUAACUGUGAAUAUGAGUUGAAUCCUAAAAAGAAUUCUGCUUAGUUACCAGUCAGAUAAAAGUGUUAAGUUAAUAAUCACAUGAGAUAAAAUAAAAUGAUGAGUGACUCCAGUAGGAUUUAUUUAGAAGAUACUGUACUAUUGUAUUUGCUUUGCUGUUAAUAAAUAUUUAUUUUAUUUCAUUUUA